GAUCUCUCUAGAGAAUGAUCUAGAUCUAUGAAGAAGAUCUAUCUAUGUAUUGUAAAAGUGGACUCUAGAUCUAUAUAUUUAUAUAGAUCUAUGAUCAUAAUGAUGUCUUAAACUUACUUAACUUAAGAAUCUAGGCUAGAUCUAGUCUAUAGAAUCUAGAGUCUCAGUCUGUGGUGACUGGUGUAGUUACAUCUAUGAUCUAGUAUGAUCUUCUAGUGUACUAGAAUAGAUUGAAUAGAUCUUCUAGAAUAAAUCUAGAUACUAGAUCUAGGUAGAUUUAGAUCUAGUUGCACCAAAAAAAAAUUAAAUUGAUCCUAUACCAACAAAUGUCCCUCAAUCAAUGAAGUAGCACUGUAUGAUGAAUUGCGACAGAAGAAUCUGAAAGAUAACAAGACCAUACUUACAAAGCUUAUGUCUGAUAUGACUGGAGGUUUGGCAGUAAAACUUUCAAUUCCUCCUAAGAAAAGAAUCUCAUCUUCAAAAUUCACUGACAAGGAUGGUGUCGUACGCCGCAACCCUUCCCGCUCAGCACGCUAUGCUCCAACUCAUUUUGAGCCUCCUCGUACAAGAUCGAAGAGUGGAUCAUUGUCAUCAUCUCCAUCUUCUUCUACAACUUCCACUCCUUUGUCGACACCCGAGAAACUUGUUGUAAGAUUUGGGUUUUUUAGAAAAUUAUCAGAAACAUCAUCAAGUGGAGCAACUUACAACGAGCUGGAUGAUGUAGAGGAUGAUUUUCCCCUGCCACAACAGACUAGAAAGCCUCGUACUAAACAUGAAGUCAAAUUAGCAGAAGAUAUUACACAAGAAGACCUUGACAUGGUGUCUGUUGUAGUCUCUGAAAAGAAAUAUGAUAGUAUUGUGGGAACAACAUGUCACCAAUGUCGACAAAAAACACUAGAUAUGAAAACCAUAUGUAGAUCUGCAGACUGUUGUGGCAUACGAGGACAGUUUUGUGGUCCAUGUCUCAGAAAUCGUUAUGGGGAAGAUGCUAAGGUGGCAUUGAAAGAUCCUAAAUGGAUUUGUCCUCCGUGUAGAGGGAUCUGUAAUUGCAGUUUUUGUCGCAGAAAAAAUGGAAGAGCAUCUACUGGAAUAUUAAUUCAUACUGCAAGGGAACACGGCUAUACUGAUGUGAAUUCUUACCUCCGAGGAUUGAAGAAAGAAAGCUAGCAUAAGAUGGAGUCUCUAUCUAGACUAAAAAAAUUCACAUCUAAUAUUGUUUUUGUUGCUUUGUUUUAUUGUUGAAAUAGGGCAUGUUGAUGAAUCUGUUAGGGUUAUAAGCAUGCUAAAAACAAAUUUCAUAGUUGAUCUGCCAUAGUAUUAUGCUUGUUUUGUUCCUAGCCAUUUUUCAGUUAUGUUCAGCUGCAUCUAAAACUAACAAAAUUGUAAAUAUAAAUCUGCAAGUUUUAAUUUAGUUUUACAGCUUGAAGUCUUACUUUUGCUGGUAGCACUUUUGAUUUUGGUUAUAUUUAAAUAUUAGCUGUGGGUUUGUAAAAUCUAGAUUAUGGGCUUGGGAACCCUCUGUUUGGAAGCCGUGUUUCACCACUCAACCACCACAACUGGUAGUUAAUUAAUCACUUUGGACAAUUUACAACAGUUUUCUGUUUAUAUUAUUUAAAAUUUGAAGAAAAUAGACAUUUUAUCUAAAGAUUUUUAUAAAGAUAUUUCAUUACUUGUGAUAUUGUUUUAAAUGGCUGACAAGAAUCUAUUUUUAGUAAAAAUGUUUAUUUUUUUUUACUAUAUUUAACUUUUGUCUUGAAUGGUGAGAAAAUUAAAUUUUAAUGUUCCACUAAAUAAA